AUGACAGCAUCUAAAUGGAUGACGGCUGAGUCAGACACCACGGUCAUUUUGUCAGCACAAUUUCUGGAUAAACUCAAAGGGGUAAGCCUCCAUCCAAAUGAAGUCAUGGUAUCUUUUGAUGUUACAGAGGCAGACUACUGCUUCAUGGUCGUUACCGAUCAUCAGUUCGUCACAGGCCAUGCAAAGAGAGGCAUGUAAACAUGUCAAGUAGGUUUUUGACCCUCACUGUUGUAGUUAGGACCUCACUCGAACUCAUGGUAUAUUUCCUAUGACGCAACGUUCGUUAUCGCCAUUAGAAAGCUGGCGGGCAGAUAGAAUGGGAUGGAGUGAGAUCCUAACCAAAAAAGUGAAGGUCAAACGCUUACUGGACAGGAAUAAAUACUCCAGUAUUCCUCGCCCUCACUGAUACUAUAAUUCUGUACUUUAUGUAUAUAUAUAUAUAUAUAUAUAUAUAUUGUUGAUGGAAACGAAGGUGCAAAUCGUCGGAAAUAAAUGUCAAUUGAAUACCAAGAUAUUUUGACAGACAAAUAUCCCAUGUUUAACAUGAAAAUAAGUCUAAAAAUUCAUCUAAAAUGGCGUUAACAUUCCUGUCCUGUGAACAUUAUUUUUGUUGUCGUGGGGCUAAUGAUUUGAACACCCCUGACUCGUCGUUCGCACCUCUACGUACACUGACUCGUCAAAUAAUUACUGGAAAGUAUCCAAGGGGUACUGAAGCCUGGAUUUCGUCGCCGCUACUACUAUUGUCUGAUAGAGGAUUGAUUCCACCGUUGCGAGCAUGCAGACAGGUUUGAAAUCUGUCGCGUUAAAUGAGGCUUCAUGCCGUAACAUUAGCGUCUGUCCCUUCGACAGCCCCCUUGAGGACAAGCUGCAUGCCAUUUUUUCGUUUUGGCGACAUAAGGCUAGACAAUUUUCGGAAUUAUUUCUUCAAUGCUGCACCGCGUAUCGAUUUCUGUUUACGCGUCCCCUCAAUCACCGUCUGCUGGUGCAGCUUUACACUGCUUUAGUCCAUGAACCCCUAACAUCUGGUCCUCUAAUACUCAGUCAUCCGACGGCUCCGCGAAGCCUUGUGUGACGGUCUUGAAGAAGCGCUCAAAUCACUCGUCUUUCCUGUGGAACUAUUACUCAUUCCAGCAACUGCGUGGUUUUACCGCAGGCUUGUAUGAAACAUAUUUGGGCCACACACGUUAUUGUCGCAACACAUGUACAGAAAGUGAGUCUGUGCAUACCUAGAGGCGUCUUGAGAGCUGAGGAUUUCCCAUCGUUGAGCAGAUUGGGACAUGUCCGAACCACUAAUAUUCAGACACCUGUGAAGUGGCGAUUUUCAGGAAGUGGUAAGAGUUGUUGUUUUUGUUGAAAUCACGCAGGCGUAGGAAAUCAUCAUUUAAAGCACAUUUACCAGUUUGAUGGAGAAGGGGAUAAAUAACACAAAUUUCGCGCAAAAAUACAGAAACAGGAUGGCAUAUAUUACUUGCUUGCUAGAAUAUCAAUCAAAGUUCCUUGAAAGCACAUCCAUUUUGCUUUGUAUAAUUGGCCAUUGAAGACGACAGAAUGUAUUCCCAAAUUAGCGCGUUGUUGAACGCCUAAUUGUUUUCGGAGGUAUAUGCCUAGAUAUUAUCAGGGAAAUAUUUUUUUUAAAAUUUCGCCUAUCGAUGAAGUCCAAGUAAUAGUCCUUCAAGUAUUACCGGUGAAAGCUUAGAUAAAUAUGUUACGUACGGUUGGCUCGUAGCAGAAACUUGUGUCUAUACCACCUCGCUACACCCUACAUGGAUAGGCUGCACAGGUUCAUAGGAAACUGAACCGUAUCGACUACUUGAAGAAAAAUGCGACAUAGCACACAAAGAUCGACUGAUAUGACGGCGCGUAGGAUCGGCACUUCCAAUGAAUUUAAUGACAACUCCUUUGGUUCGUACUGAGGGAACUUUAUUUAUGAGAGCAUUGGAUACUAGGUGCGACUGACUGUUUCGAGGCUCGGCUACAUACUGAAUCCUUUAAUUACGCAUAUUGCAACAAAAAUAUGCUAGUUGGAGACUUUCAGAGAGUUAUCGGCGAUUGAGCCGCUGUUCACUUAGUUUAGACUGCUGCCAAUUUAAUGUUGUUUCCUCAGUCUGAGAAGGAAUAACGCAAAAUUCAGAAAACCCCAAAGAGAACUAAAAGGCUGCACAUCAUCUCUCCUCUCGUCGUUCAGAGGUCUUAGUAUUGGUAGCUUUGUCGGUCGGUUAACCAAUAAGCUCGCCCCUUCAGGAAGACCGUGACAGUCAGAUUUCUAGUUCUAGCAUAUUUAUUUCUCAGCAACUCAUAUGCACACAGUGCAGUGAGAAAUUCAGCAAAUUAAAAUGACGAUGAUCAUGAAAACAACCGUUUUACUCCUUGUCGCUUGUGCAUUUACAUGCAUCAUAGGUACAUCAGAUAAUAACGGUAAGUAUAUAUUUCACCAGAGGAGCAAGGAUGAAUGAUCCAGACCCAUAGGCAUUCAUAUUUACAUGUACCUUUUAAUCUAACAAAGAUUUAAGCAUUAUUUACAUUUCUUAACUAACAAGUGUCCAUGUCUUUCAGUAAAACUCAAUAUGUGCCAUUUUCCAGGAGUCAGUAAGAACCUACUUUAUUAUGUUGAGAUUGUUUUGAAAAAUACGUCCUCAAUAAAUUAUGUUGCCACGUAUAACGGGAAUCCGCAAACAUUUUUUAACUUUAUUCUGCGGGCUCCGCCACAAGUUCAGAGAUGUCUACUUAUGAAUAAAAACUUCAUAAGCCAAAGGGAACUAUUUCUCUGCUCUAUUAGUAUUUCAACAGCAUCAGUUUCGAUACGUCUAUGGGUGAGUGCUUCAGCAAUUAAUUCUGUCUUCGCUUGCUCAAAAAGCCCUCCUACAUAUGCGUUUUCUUACUUUAACAGUCGAGAGGACUAAAUGAUAGCGUCAGUCUGGAGGAUGAACUGUCCUACAAUGUCACCGAAGUAGAUGCCAGUGCAGUAGUCACAUCAGAGCAUACUCGAGACGGCUCACGAGUAGUCGGAGUGAGUGCGUUUUCCUUCUCCAACCUAAACAAAAUAAUCUUGUCAUCUGUCCAUCAGACUCCAAUAAAUAAACAUUUAUUCGAAAUUUGACCCUUGUCUUUCCUCUCGAACGAAAUGCAGUGAAACGCCUGAAUCGGGACUACUAACAAAAAACGUAUUACUAAUGGUGACAUAAAUGUACGAAAGGAUAUUCACUAGCCUUUACGGUUGUCAGUAGUAAGCUUAGAAUUUUAAUUUGAAGUAAACUGCAUUCUGCUGUGGGUGAAUGUUCUGGCUCCUUCAAUUAUUUCAGAAAGAAGAUUUACAUUCUUGUUCCGUGUUAUCCACAUAGGUUUACGCAAUGCUGGGAAGACUGUUUGCCUUGAACAGGAAAUAUAGAAUAUGAUAAGAGGAUUCCCAUAUUCUGUACAAUUUGCCACCUGCCCACAAAGCAAACACGUCUGCUGUAUUUAAAUCUACAAAGAACAGCAUAUUCGUUUUGAUUACCUGUCGCAUAUCACAAGAUGACGUGGUCCGGCAAUGCACCCCAUUUGAGGGUUCCGUGUAGCAAAACGUGAAACGAAAUUUGAAUCGUAGUUUGACAGUAGGAGUGGAAAAAAUCUGCUUGGUUGAUAACAUUGCGUAAGACAUUAAGAUAAUUGGAAGUCAUUUUCGUCCGAAGGGACGCCCUUGUCGAUUCAUUGUCAAAAACAUGGCCGAAAGACCACUAAAGCCCCGAUGCAGACGGCAGGAGAGAAUAAGGCUUUUUCAGAAGGGGCCAUUUCAUGGGGACGCACCAACUGAACUUUUAUGUAUGUAAAUCUUGUAAAACUCACAGUACGACAUCAUUGGGAAGUGGAAGGUGGGUUUGCAUUUGGAGGCCACUCAGCAGAACUAGACCGACGUCCCUAACAAGAGUACAAUGGGAAAGCAGUUCGUCCGUGAAAGUUCCACGAGUGUGCUUUAUCUUAUGACAGUUUUAAAAGUUCGUAGUUGAAGACCAUCCACGUGACACGUCGCAUCCAAACCAAGGAAUACACUGACGUUUCCGAACAGAGACUCUGUCUCUUCAUUUACAUAGGUCUGAGAAAAAUUGCUCCUUAGGUGACGUUUGAAUCCUCGAUGGGCUUAGUUGUUAAAGUGGGGGAUUCGAUAAUUGCCUAUUGCCCUAAGGUACACUGAUUUUCGAGAAAUAUUGCUUUUCAUUUAAAUGUCGCAUUGCCAUUGUUUCAACGGAGCGAAAUAAUCCAUCGGAAGGAAGUCGCUUGGAACAGCUUGUGAAAACUUAUUAUUUUCAGCAGCAGAUAUCUGGCCAUAAAGACCGCAGGCAAACUAGACAUAUUAGUGUGUAACUUUGGUCUCUAUAAAUCAGAGCGUGACAGUAGCAUCGCUAGUGACAUGUUCGGACCCAAACUAACGAUAGUGCAUGCUAGGUCCCAGCUGGUCCUAUCUGACUCAGUCUCGAGUGUUUGCGAGUACGGCACAAAGCUAACAGAUCUAGCCAUUUGCAAAGAGUUAGCAGAAUGGCUGCCUACAGUCGGUGCCCGAUCUCAUGUAAUGUUAACCAAAAUUCUGAGAUUUGUCCUCCAUAAGGGAGGAUCGCAUAAAUCGGGUUGUAAUAUUGAUCACCUUGUGGCAUACUCCUGAGACAUUCUAGACAUGCCAAGGUGUUGACUUAUAUAUGCACUUCUUUUCGGCCGUUUUCAAUUACGGCUGUUGUACCCCCCAGCAUAAGGUGUGGUUUUCACUGCAAGGAGAAAUGAAGAGGUUCAGAUAGAGUCAUGCACUGAUUAUAAUCUCCUUACAUGUGAUCCUGAAGUGCGAACGAGCAAGUGUCAUUUACUGAGAAGUUGGAAAAUCUGUGAGGUUUGUGCUUCUGUUCUUACCAUACAUAUGUCUCGUGUUAGCACAUAUGGGUCAAGGGGUUAGGAGACAGUUAGCUUGGAACACGUGGGACGAGGUCACUAGCUUAUUCUAGUGUGUUUUUACAUCAAAGGCAUCUGUACGAAAAUUCUAAUGCAGAAAAAUAGCUCAAACUUACGGAGAGAAACUUCUAGCUUGACAGUGAAAGAUCGAAAGAUUUUGUGAGUAUAAUGUUAUACACUACAUGCUUGUUUUAGUGAGGGCGCGGAGGCCUCACUGUAUUGGGUCAAGGGUAGUUUCCGAACUUCGUUGUAAUUCACGCAAAAGGCUACUGCUAUUUCACGUCUGCCACUUCGAACAAAACAGAAAGCAAUAAGAAAUCGAUUUACAAUUCGUUUGAAGCAAGUGAGGUGCGUCUACGCUUUCCUCACCUCUAGAGGCCGAGCUCAAGGAAACAUAGGAGUACUCAUGCCGUAUAUGAACGGCACUCUUGGGGUCACGUUAAUUUUUUGGAAAACAGUGUUUUGGAGGACACGCUGCUUCCUAAAAAAGAUAUUAAUUUUCAGGCAAAUGCUCAGCGUACGGAUUGCGAAUUCACGUAGAUCUAGUCAGCAAGAUAAAACAGGGUAGAAUAUUGUCUGGCUGACAAAAUACCCUGUUUUUCUCCUUCUCCUGUAAAAUAACCUGCGAAUAUAUUUUGGUCGAGAAAAUGACGGUUUUUGAUCUAGAAUCUGGAUGUAAGGUGAGGUUUUCAACAACCGUGGUACAUCCUGAUGAAGAUAUCGACCUACAAGCAUGUACAGCAGAAUUUAUUGGGGCCAAUAAAUUUCGUGACGGCUUUUCAACUGCAACCCGUCUCUGCAUAGCAUAGGUAACGAAUGAAAGCGCACAGCAGUAUGAAUUUGUACAGAAUGGCAGUGCAUAGGAGCAAGGUCAAAGUUCAAAAUAAUCAAUAAUCAGAUAAGACGUCCACAUAAGCAUCAAAAAGGAUAAAGGGAGACGAAAUGUUAACAACAAAUCACAGUCAGGGGAAAAUAGAGGCGUGAGAUUAUCAGGGCAAUUGCAGAUUGAUCACGUGAUCUAACUGCUUGCACAGGUCUGGUUUCUCCCUCCAUAUGUAGGCUGCUUCCAAAUAAGGCAAGGUUCGAGUUGUACGUGCUCGGACAAGUACUCGAAAGGAUGCUUUAGGGUCGACAACAUGACCGCUAUCUAACAGGUGUUUCGUUAUAGACGAACGGGGAGUUCUAUUUUCCUGUUUGAAAAGCCAAGUCGGCAAAUGCUCUGCGGCCCUGGUUGCCAAUUGCCUUUGCGUUCGCCCAAUGUACUUGCAUCCGCAAGUGCAUGUGAAUUCAUACACACAAUUGGGGGUGGCGUGCAUUGGCAAGGCAUCCUUUGCCCGGAUAAUUGGAAGGCUUUUUGUGGAACUGAUGAAGAUAAGCUCUGCUGCGUUGUACGUUCUUUCUAUAGUGCAGCGCAAGCGUCGCUUGAUUGUGUUUGAGACGUUGUCGCCCUUAAAAGGUAGACAUAUUAUAACGGGCUUCUUCGGAACGGACUGUUCCGUCAACUUUGGCCGUAAAUGGUUGCUGUACUUCUGAAUGAAGCGUGCAGGAUAACCACGAUUAAGUAAGGCUUCUUUGAUACGGGCAGUUUCUGUAUCUAUGGACUCCCUAAAGCAAAUAUUUCUCGCUCUUUGAAAAAGAGUAUGUACUUGAUUACGUUUCCUUUGUAUUUGCGCAAAGCUUUUAAAAUGUAGGUAUUGCCCUUUCCACGUAGUCUUUUAGAAGACGGAGCGUCUUAUUGAACCAUCAUCCUCUCUAAACAUGAGAACGUCCAGGAAGAAAAUCACGUCUUCUUCCCAUUUCCUUCUCAAAAAGAGUAUAAUUCGGUGUUAAAAAGUUUCUAAUUGUGAGAUUUUUUAAUACCGUUAAGUGGCCGUUCAUUAAAAGUCAUGUAUCUGCAUUUACUAACGUGGCUUGCAAAGUUAGCAAUAUUGCUCAAAUCCAUUGCUUAAUUUUAUGAACCUCAUAUGGUCUCCUCUUAACACCGUAGUGAAAUGCAUGGUUUUGCGUACACGGAAAAUAUACAGCUUGUAGUUUUGAAACCCUGAAUGCAAGUGUAACAGCAGGUCGGGUUCAAAAUUAGCCGGGAAUUAGAAAAGUUUUUUUAAAACCGAAUUAUACUCUUUUUGAGUAUUAAAUGAGAAGAAGACGUGAUUUUCUACCGAAUAAGUAAAAGAAUGAAUAUUGUAAUGCAUGUUUUUCUUGAAAUAUAAUUGAAUUUUCAAGGGCAUCGAAAAUCAAUGAGAAAAUUGCAUGCUACAGAAGUAGUCAUUUUUGCAGAGUAUAGAUCUUGCAUGCAGCCGAAAAUAAGUUCUUUCGAAAGCCGACACCCUGAGGUAACUGGAUAAUUAUAGAUUUAUGCUGCAUCAUGAUUAGUUUUGCAACACUACUAAAUUUAUCUUUUCGAAACGAGAACUCAUUUCAAAAUUUUGGUUGACAUUUCAUAAGUUAGCACAUCUUCUGUACAUUAUCAAGUCCUUUUACUACUGCAAUUCUGCAUUGGUUUAUAUUCCUUCCAGUGUUACUCGUGCCAGUUGGAGUCUUUCAGAGGGUUUUUCAGUGACUGAAUCCCAAUUCAUUAAGUCUAGACUGCCGACAUCGUCUGCGCAGCCUAAGUGGAGAUCAUGUCCUCAGCAAAUUAUGUUGGCACGUAUAACGGAAAUGAGCAAAUAUUUUUAAACUUCACUCUGCGGGCUGCGCCACAAGUUCAGAUAUGUCUACUUAUGAAUAAGGACUUCAUAAGUCAACGGGAACUAGUCCUUUGCUCUAUCACUAUCUCAUCAGCAUCAGUUUCGAUACGAAUAUGGGUAAGUGCUUCAACAACUAAUUCUGUCUUGGCUUGCUCAAAAUGCCCUCCUACAUAUAAGUCUUUUGAAUUUAACAGUCGAGAGGGCUAAACGAUAGCGCCACUCUGGAGGAUGAACUGUCCUACAAUGUCACCGAAGUAGAUGCCAGUGCAGUAGUCACAUCAGAAAAUGAUCGAGACGGAUCCCGAGUAGUUAGAGUGAGUAUUCUUUCCUUCUCCAACCUAAACAAAAUAAUCUGCUCAGAUGAUAGGGUUGAGAAAGAGCAUAAGAUUAUUGGAAGUCAUUUUCGCCAGGAGUGGCAGCUCGGUCGAUUCAUUGUUAUGAACAUGGCCGAAAGACCUCGAAAGCCCUUGAUGCUGAAGGUAGGAAAGAAGAAGGCUUUUUCAGCAGGGUGCACUUUCAUGGGGACUCACCAAGUAAACUUUUAUUCAGACGCCUACCUCAAGUUGUUCCACGCAACUCCUUAACAGCUGACGACCCUAUACUCUUCUCAACAAGUCCCAUCCUACACGGAGAGGGCAACGACAACUUUCAGGACCAGACCACAUCCAUGUAUAUUUGCUCCUUCACCUGCUCUUGUGGGGCAGAAUAUUCUGGUCCCACGUGUCGGCGUUUGUCCAAAAAAAUGCGAGAAUAUCUUCACAGCAUGUUAAGAAAAGGGUCAAAUGAAAAACCUUUGACUGCUCUAUCCUUGCGCACAUGGUAGACACAGACCACUGUGUAGAUGUCUGGGAAGCCGUUUUUAGCGAUUACCAAGUUUCGGUCAAGCUCUCCAAAUCUACUUGGGCAUUCGCGAUCAGGUUACGUAAACAGGUUCUAUGCCAGCAGGCCAGCAAAGCCAAAAUAUCAGUACUGCUUGAAAAAGCAUCUUGUGACCGGCCGAUAAGUAAGGUGGAAAUUGCGCAAACGCACCCCAGCGAAGUCGAUCACUAAACUGAAACAGAGUUCAUUUGCUAAUUUUCUUGCAUGAUUAAAUCUGGUAGAACUCACAGUACGACAUAACUGGGAGGUGGAAGGUGGGUUUGCAUUUUUAAGCCAGUCAGCAGAACUAGACAGAAGUUCAAUACGAAAUUACAAUGGGAAGACAGUUCGUCCGUGAAAGGUCCACGAGUGUGCUAUAUCUUAUGACUGUUUUAAAAUUUCGCAGUUGAAGACCAUCCAUGUGAGAAAUCGCAUCCAACCGAAGGAGUACAUUGAUGACUCCGAACUGAGAAUCCGGUUCUUCAUCUACUUAAGUCUGGGAAAAAUUUUCCUUUAUAUGGCUUUUGAAUCCUCGAUGGGCUAA